AUGAUACCGAUUCCGACGAGACGAGUCAUUCUUGUGGCUGCAGUCAGUUUGAUUCUUUCCGUGUUCUUGAUCGCCCGUCCCUUCUAUACAAAACCACCAAAAAGUCUUAAAGGAUUGAAUCCAAAGUUUAGUCCAAAUGGAAGAUCCCCUCCACCGGAUAGUCUUGAAGAUCUCCCACUUCCAGCUGAUUACAUGAUGACAGAUGAAGAGAUGUUGCCAGAGAAAUUCUCAACUGAUGAAUAUGAGAAUCCGGAGAUCAAUCAUCUAAUUCGUAAGAUCAUUGAGGGGAUCCCUCUUCCACACGAUUAUCCAAUGCCCGAGGAAGAGAGGAGAGAAAUAUCUCAUCUAUAUUAUGUUCCUGAGUCAAAUUUCGAUGAGAAGUUCACCGAGACGCUCGUUGGAUCGACAUGUGAACAAGUCUGGAACAAUUGGACGACAAUUGCUCAAUCACAGACUCCAGAGAUCCCACUUGUAGAGCCGCCAAGGGAGAAAUUAGCUGAGUUUACACUUUAUGGAAGAAUCCCGCUCAAGCAAGAAUAUGUAAACGAGAAAGCGGUGCCGAUAAAGAUGCUCUGGGAUGAUAUCGAUGCACAAAUGAUGAUGACAAGAGAUGAAGUGAUUGAAAGAGCGCAUCAUGUUGGAUAUGGGGAUAUUGUCUACGAGGCGAUGGAUCGAUUCCAUUCAUUCAUUCAGAAUAAGAGUGGCGCCGUUUUUGGAGCCACGAAUCCAUGGAUCGAAGUUUUUGCUUUGAGGCACGGCGCCACUUCUGUUUUGACGGUGGAGCAACAGGAGAUUGAGGAAAAGACUUCUCAGAAUCUUUCCUACAUUCAUCCACGCGAUUUGGCGAAUCAAUGGGCAAAUUAUUCGGAGACUUUCGACUUUAUCGCCUCAUUUUCUUCGAUUCAACACGCUGGUCUUGGAAGAUUCGGUGAUCCAAUCGAUCCAUGGGGUGAUCUCCGGGAAAUCACCAAGAUGAGAUGUUUAUUGAAAGAGGGAGGAAUUGUCAUACUUGGAUUGCCAAUUGGUGUUGAUGAGCUUUAUUGGAACGCUCGGAGAGUUUAUGGAACAGCUUAUGUGCCAAUUUUCGUUGAUAUGGAGAUGGUUUCGGUGAUGAUAUUUAUUAUUGGUUUAAUUCGUUGUUAUACAUUGCUCUUUCUCGCCUCAAUUGUGCCUUUGAUCACUCUGGAAAGACUCAUGGCCACGAUCUACCUCUGGGACUAUGAAAAGUCGCCUCGCACCUAUAUCUCUCUUUCAAUAAUGCUAAGCUCAGUUCUCAUCUUUCUCACACUCUCCACCUUCAGUUGCAUUGCAAUUGCCUACGAUAUGUUGAGAACAGUGAUCGGUGUCGUGAUCUCAUUAUUGGGCGCCAUUUUAUUGUCGGGAAUGCUUUGUGCCUUCUUAUUCACCUAUAAUUCAAAAGUGUUAAAAUGGUUGGAUCGAGUCCAACAACAUGAACGAGUCGAGAGUUUAACUCCCCGUUUCGGUCAUCGACCUUAUGAUUUAUCCGUUCGAUAUCAAAUCAAAGAGAAUAUGCGAGUGUUUGUGAUUCUCCGUCGUUUUCUCAUCAUCACCAUCAUAAGUGAGACAUUUGGUUCAAUCACUGGCGGCAUUGCUUUCACAGCAUUUGAAUCCGAUUCGAUAAUCGGUCAAGUGAUGAUGAUUGGAGUGGAUUUGAUGUUAACUUUAUCAUUCACCACAUUUCCCUUUGGAGUGUUAUGGAUUGUGAAAGAAUGGCGGGAGAAAUACGAUCAAUGGUGGAGGCAUUUAUUGAGGACAAACAAAUCGGUGAGCGUCGCCUCGUCAUUGAUCAUUCCGAGUAUCGAUUAUGCGGGAGAUACGAACAAAUAUUUUGAUUAUUACAGGCAAAAUUGG